AUGGAGAGCUUCGGGACGGAGCUCAAAGAGACGCCGACCCCGCUAAUUGCAGCGCUAGGCUCGCCCGAGCUGCAGGACAAAGUGCUGCCUCAUCUGCGUACGGUCAAUGAGGGGUUUGUACCGAAGCUGCGCAUUGCGUCGCUGCCGCGUGCGCACCGUCUGCCCGUGAAGAAGGAGCUGUGCGAGAAGCACGGGACGUUCUCGAAUCAGAUGCAGCGCGACUUGGAUACUUACCGGACCCAAGGGAUUCUCAAGACACAAUGGCUCAAGAAACACCACGAGCUGCUGCCGGCUGUGGUCCUGCUGGUUGACGAGUUUAAUCCGUGCUGGACGCCGUCAGACUGGCAGCAGAAGGAGACGGCGCUGGUGGACGACGUCACGCAGCUCAAACGGACCGUAUCAGCUAGAGACGGUCGUGUCGUGGUCCUGCUUGUGCAACAGGUAGACGAUGCAGACGGGACGUGGAGGAAUGGGACGGAAGAGAGACUGGCCGACUUGAGGCGGAGACUGGACACUGAUACAAAGGGUCUUGUACUCGUAACAUCGAAGGAUAUGACGCGUACGUCGAGUGUGAUGGUGAAACUGGAGUCGAGUGUACGUACGAUGGCACUUGAGUAUUAUAAGGCGCAAUCGAAACGAGUGAAGAGAUACGAGAAGGCUUGUGCCAGGACGCCGGAGUACCAGGCUUUACAUGCGAGGUUCUGCUUCAAGAUUGCACAUUUCUAUGAAUUCCGACGCUGUACGACCAAAGUGCUGCAGUACUAUGAAGCCUCGUAUUGCGCUAUUAUCGCGCUACCGUUACAAAACGAUGGGGCUGCUGGUGGGAUCGCUUACAAGCAGGUGAUGACCAUGGCAGAGUUUGUGAAUUUCAAGCUGUGCUACCACUUGAUUUUUUCGUCGAACAAUGUCAAGGAUGCAGUAGGUCAACUGCGACGCCACGUGGGUGUGUACGCACGUGCAAUCGCUGUGGCAGAUGGAGCGUACGAGCACUGGGCUUGGGUAUCUCGUCAGUAUCAUGUCUUUGCUCAACUGCUGGUCGAGGCUCUUUCCAUUCGAGGCUCACUGCCGAGCACUGGACUGGAGUCAAGUGUGUACAAAGAGCCAUACUUGUACUUCUCUCUUGCCGCAAAGUACGCUGUUUUUCGAAGAAAGGCAGCAAUGAAACUAGGCCUCACAACUGCUUCUACUGUGCAGACGGUCAUGGCAAACGGAGAAAGCAUGUCGGAACGGGAUUUCGUUGUGAUACCUUCCAGUUUCGUUGGCGGGGAUCCGCUGGUUUCUGAAGUGAGAGCUGCAUCACAGGAUCAGUCAGUAGCAGCACUUGUAAAAUACCGGCACGCCAUGGAGAAGAGUGUUCUGCAUGCGACGCAGUCUCUCGCUCUUCUCGAGCACGCACUGCAGUACUUAACAACGUACGAGGCAGAGCAGAAUGCACCGCGAAAUCGAUUGAAAGGCCGGUUACUGGUUCAUUUGGGGACAGAGCGGCUUGCGUCUGGUGAGUAUGAUUGCUCGCGUAUGGAGUUGCAGAAAGCGAAAGCGAUAUUCAGUACUGAAAACUGCUGGGCACAAACUGCUCAGAUUUUGAAGCAGCUACUCAUUUGCACCUUUUGCCAAGGAGAUACCGGUGCUUAUAUGGAUUAUUCGCUACAGCUGUUGUCGCCUGUUGUCGAGGAGUUUGUGUCUUUGAAAGAACGCAGUCGUAUUCAGGACUCUUUCUUGACAGCAUGGAGAGAUCCGGCAUCAUUGGGUGCACCGUUUACGCAAAUCUCUGCGCUUCAAAACGUGCAUGAACUAGCACUUGAUCGGUCUCGCGCAGUCUUCGCGUUGACCGCUCAAUUUGAUCGAGCCUCUGCUUGUGUGAACGAGGAUGUAACAUUGGAGCUGAAACUGCGCUCACAUUUCCCGUUGCCGCUUGUGAUAUCGAAGAUGGAGUUGGUGUUCAAUGACGAGCGCUAUCGCACAAUGCUUUACCACCAAGCUGGAGCAGAAUCUGACACGAUAACUUGCGUUGAUGGAAGGUUUUCUACGUCGCUGGAAUUUACUCACAAGUUGGUCAAAGAAAUCCGUGUACCAUUGCGUGUGCUAGAUGAGAGGCAACUGCUAUCCAUCCAGGAAGUGCGGUUGUACUGUAGCGGGGAGGAUGGUGUGGAAGCGAAACACACUGAGAUAGACGGGAAAAAGACGGAUGCUGUUUUGGUUUUUAGUCUGCCCAUCACACUUGCCUCCGUAGAGCAACUAGUGGCGCCACCACCGUACCUGAUCAGCGGUCGUGUUCCUUCCAUGGGCAACGGCUCUGCGUCUCCGAGUUUUUCCAAGAGAAAGUCAAUGUUUUCACUAGUUGAAGGACCUCGAGCCGCUCACGUCGAUGUACGUGAGCCCGUCGAAGAGGACGGCUCCAAGCAUCUUCGUGGCUCCUCAUUGCUGAUUGUGCAGCCUCGUGCGAACGCCACGCUGUCUUUGCUCUCAAAUGAACCACUAUUGACAGGAGACUUCCGUGAGCUUGCUUUCCGCUUGGCAGCAAAUGAAGACACGUUGGAAAAUGUGACGUUCCAGAUCAGCUGUAAACCUCCACCGACAUCAGCGGCAUCUGAGGAUGCGUUCUUCUUCACAGAGCAGUCUGGCGUGAUGACUCCGGUGCCGCUGGAUACGAAUUUACAACCGCGGGACCGGAUCCUCCUUUCGAAUCAGAAUGCCCACACUGAAGAAGUUGUGCAUGUUGUCGUGCGCUCCAUUAAUGUAGCAUCAUUGACCUUGAUCGUGUCCGUGGCAUACACUACAAACAGUGGCGUGUCUGUCAACCUGACGGAGCGGUUCAGGCUGAUAUGCCACGACCCGUUUUCGAUUCAUGGCGGUUUCGUGUCCGACUAUCUUACAGGAGGUGGUGUACCUGGUGCAGCACAAAGGCCUAAAGGGUCUUAUGGAUGUGUGGGCGGUUUGGUGAACUACCGAGGAAGCAUUACGUGCACAUCAGGCGAAGUACUUCGUGUGCUUGCAGUGCACUUUGAACCACGUGAGACGAACAUGGAAGAAGUGGUGGCUACCUCUGGAUUUGGGUCCAUCUCUACCAAUUCGGAUGGCAUUGCCAGCGAAAAUGUUUGCGCUACUUUUACUGACGGCGACUCGUGGUGCUUCUGUCUACGACUGAGACCGAAGAUGGCGUCACCUUUUGUCACUCUUGGACGGGUGGCAAUCGUUUGGAAGCGCGAGUUGUCACCGAUUCGUUGUGCCUUUGACGGUGUCAGCAACGACGUCGUGCAUACGUGGCUCGAUAUUCCGUUGGUCUCAAUUGUUGCUGCACCUCUCACUAUCAGCGUAGAGACGCCAGCGUUUGGCGUUGAGGGCGUGCUGGACUAUAUGAACGUGCGUGUGAAGAACAACGAAGCUGUCGUCCACAGCCUCCAGGUCAAGUCAGUGGAUGCAGAGGCGGCGUUUUUCAUUUCAGGUCGCACAAAUGGGACGGAGCACUUGCUUCCUUUUGAAGAGCAAGUGUUCCGGCUCGGCUUGGUACCUACAAAGACGGGCUACUUGCGCUUGCCUCGCUUUGAGAUCAUGUCGUUGACGUAUGACUUCCCAUUUACAAACCCGGACGAAUGCCAAGAGCUGUUUGUCCUCCCUCGGGAUUAUCCUGACUGGCUAGUCGAGCCAGCACAAUGA